AUGAGAGAAGAUGACAGGGUGGCGAUCCACGAGGCUAUGGAGCAGCAGACCAUCUCCAUUGCUAAGGCGGGCAUCACCACCACCCUGAACUCCCGCUGCUCCGUGCUGGCCGCCGCCAACUCUGUGUUCGGUCGCUGGGACGACACGAAGGGAGAGGACAACAUCGACUUCAUGCCCACCAUCUUGUCCCGCUUCGACAUGAUCUUCAUCAUCAAAGACCAGCACGACCAGCAGAGAGACAUGACGCUGGCUCGGCACGUGAUGAACGUCCACCUGAGCGCUCAGACGCAGACCGAGGGCGUGGAGGGCGAGAUUCCACUGGCGACGUUUAAGAAGUACAUCGCCUACGCCAGAACGAAGUGCGGCCCUCGGCUGUCUGCGGCAGCUGCUGAGAAGCUGAAAAACAGAUAUGUGGUGAUGAGGAGCGGCGCGCGGGAGCACGAGCGGGAGUCCGACAAACGCCCCUCCAUCCCCAUCACGGUCCGGCAGCUGGAGGCCGUCAUUCGCAUCGCUGAGUCUUUAGCCAAGAUGAAGCUGCAGGCUGUGGCCGGAGAGGCGGAGGUGGACGAGGCCCUCAGACUCUUCCAGGUUUCCACGCUGGACGCCGCGCUGUCGGGGAGCCUCACAGGAGUGGAGGGCUUCACUUCCCAGGAGGACCAGGAGAUGCUCUCUCGUAUCGAGAAGCAGCUCAAGCGACGCUUUGCCAUUGGCUCCCAGGUGUCGGAGCACAGCAUCGUCCAGGACUUCACCAAGCAGAAAUAUCCAGAGCAUGCCAUCUACAAAGUCGUCUACCUGAUGUUAAGAAGGGGGGAGCUGCAGCACCGCAUGCAGAGGAAGGUCCUCUACAGAGUCAAGUAGAGCCAGCUGGGCUCUAAUGCAUAACCAUGUUGUUGUAAAUAGUUUAGGUCAGUUUUUGUUGAACUUGAACAGUAAGAGGUGGAGAUGAGCUGAAUUUUGGCUGAUAUGGUGGGUUUAAUGUGUCUGAGGCGGUAACGAUGCUUUGUGUCAACCUAGAUGUGUUCUGUCUGU